AUGAACAAAAUAAGUCUCCUCUCUUACCAAGACCCCCCCCCACCAGUGUACCAGCACCAGCACCAGAUCUCCCCAGUGUACCAGCACCAGAUCUCCCCAGUGUACCAGCACCAGCGUCAGAUCUCCCCAGUGUACCCGCGUCAGAUCUCCCCAGUGUACCAGCACCAGAUCUCCCCAGUGUACCGGCGUCAGAUCUCCCCAGUGUACCGGCGUCAGAUCUCCCCAGUGUACCGGCGCCAGAUCUCCCCAGUGUACCGGCGCCAGAUCUCCCCAGUGUACCGGCGCCAGAUCUCCCCAGUGUACCGGCGCCAGAUCUCCCCAGUGUACCGGCGCCAGAUCUCCCCAGUGUACCGGCGCCAGAUCUCCCCAGUGUACCGGCGUCAGAUCUCCCCAGUGUACCGGCGUCAGAUCUCCCCAGUGUACCGGCGCCAGAUCUCCCCAGUGUACCGGCGCCAGAUCUCCCCAGUGUACCGGCGCCAGAUCUCCCCAGUGUACCGGCGCCAGAUCUCCCCAGUGUACCGGCGCCAGAUCUCCCCAGUGUACCGGCGCCAGAUCUCCCCAGUGUACCGGCGCCAGAUCUCCCCAGUGUACCGGCGCCAGAUCUCCCCAGUGUACCGGCGUCAGAUCUCCCCAGUGUACCGGCGUCAGAUCUCCCCAGUGUACCGGCGCCAGAUCUCCCCAGUGUACCGGCGCCAGAUCUCCCCAGUGUACCGGCGCCAGAUCUCCCCAGUGUACCGGCGCCAGAUCUCCCCAGUGUACCGGCGCCAGAUCUCCCCAGUGUACCGGCGCCAGAUCUCCCCAGUGUACCGGCGUCAGAUCUCCCCAGUGUACCGGCGUCAGAUCUCCCCAGUGUACCGGCGUCAGAUCUCCCCAGUGUACCGGCGUCAGAUCUCCCCAGUGUACCGGCGUCAGAUCUCCCCAGUGUACCGGCGCCAGAUCACCCCAGUGUAUCGGCACCAGUAUCAGCACCAGAUCUCCCCAGUGUAUCAGCACCAGAUCUCCCCAGUGUAUCAGCACCAGAUCUCCCCAGUGUAUCAGCACCAGUAUCAGCACCAGAUCUCCCCAGUGUAUCAGCACCAGUAUCAGCACCAGAUCUCCCCAGUGUAUCAGCACCAGUAUCAGCACCAGAUCUCCCCAGUGUAUCAGCACCAGUAUCAGCACCAGAUCUCCCCAGUGUAUCAGCACCAGAUCUCCCCAGUGUAUCGGCACCAGUAUCAGCACCAGAUCUCCCCAGUGUAUCAGCACCAGAUCUCCCCAGUGUAUCAGCACCAGAUCUCCCCAGUGUAUCAGCACCAGAUCUCCCCAGUGUAUCAGCACCAGAUCUCCCCAGUGUAUCAGCACCAGAUCUCCCCAGUGUAUCAGCAUCAGACGUCCCCAGUGUAUCAGUAUCAGAUCUCCCCAGUGUAUCAGCACAAGUAUCAGCGCCAGUAUCAGAUCUCCCCAGUUUAUCAGCACCAGUAUCCGCACCAGUAG